ACUGCUAGAAAAUGCUGAAACAAUUGCAGAUGGGGAUGAGAGCUUUUCUCUUGAUGGCCUCCCGUGUGUGGACCUGCAUUUGUUUUAUACUCAGGAAGCAGGUUAGAGCCAUUUCACAAAUGCAACCAGUCAAAUAUGAAAUUUUUCCUCUCUCUCCACUGUCAAGGCACAGGCUCAGCAUUGUUAGGAGGAAAGUGCUUGUGCUUGAUUUGGAUGAGACACUCAUUCAUUCUCAUCACGAUGGAGUUGCUAGGACAACAGUCAGGCCUGGCACUCCACCUGACUUUAUUCUUAAAGUGACGAUAGACCGUCAUCCGGUUAGAUUUUUUGUUCACAAAAGACCGCACGUUGACUUCUUUUUGGACAUAGUUAGUCAGUGGUAUGAAUUGGUAGUUUUCACUGCUUCAAUGGAAAUUUAUGGUGCUGCUGUUGCUGACAAAUUAGACAACAACAGAGGAAUACUAAGACGCAGGUACUAUAGGCAACACUGCACGCCUGAAAUGGGUUCCUAUACUAAAGACUUGGCUGCCAUUUGCUCAGAUCUCGCUUCAGUCUUUAUUCUGGACAAUAGCCCCGGGGCUUAUAGAGCUUAUCCACAUAACGCAAUCCCUAUCAAAUCAUGGUUUAGUGAUGCAGGCGAUACAGCGCUUUUAAGCUUACUUCCAGUGUUAGAUGCUCUUCGUUUCACACAAGACGUUCGGUCCGUUCUUUCGAGGAAUUUACACUUGCAUCACACCUGGUAGCAUACUUUUGCUGCAUCGUUUUAAUUAAAAAACAAAACAAAAAAGGAAAGAGAUGGACUGGUGUCGUCUAGGCUACAUGCGACUUAAGAUAUGCGCGCUCGUGUCGCAGAAUCAUUGACGAGUUUCAUCGUCAUUGAAAUAGAUAGACGUAUGCCCGGAUGUGACGCUAAGCACGCCCAAUACACUUUUGCAUCAGUGAAGAUUCCUUGAUCAACGUGAAGGCUUCUCGGCACAAAACAUCAAUUUCUCUCUCUCUCUCUGGAUCCACUGUUUUUCUUUUUUUUUGGCUUCGACAUAGGAAUGUUGUUCCGCAGAAAUCGCUGCUCAAUCGUGCAUCAGCCAAAGAUUCAAUUUUUUGCUCUACUCUCAAUUAAAAAAAAUCACGAGUUGAAAUAUUUGUUUUGUUACAACUUGCCAAAUAUACUUUUUUGUGCCUGUUUUUUUUUUGACCCCAAGUAUGGCUAUUUUUGUGUAUUUUUUUUUUUUUAGAUAUGUCACUGUAAAAAGCUCAUGCAAGAGAGAGACUGUAAUCUCCAAGUACAAUGCUCUUAUUACAAUUGUACAUUGUUUGAUUGGAUGGUUAAAUAAGUUGCGGUGAUUCACUGUAUCAGUGAAGCACAGCUAGUUUGAUUAUAUUAUCUAUGCGAAAGAUAUUAAUAAAAUGAAUAAAUAAUUCAAUCCAAGAUGAAUUAAUUUUGAUUGAAUAUUACGAUUGUGAAGAUGACAUAAGAUAUAAUAAUAAGUAUAAUUGGAAAUCAUUAGUAGCAAUCAUUAGCAUGGUGUGUAAAUAUCAGGGAUGUACUCGUGUAGAGAAUGAAUGAUUCUUAUUAGUAAGUUUAAAAAGCAACUGAAGAUAUAGUUGGGAAUUAUAGAAUGGAAUGUGUGAAUAAUAGAUGUACACGUGCGCAUAAUUUUGCGCAUUAUAUUUGAAACUUGAGUCGGACGUGAACAAAUGAUGCAAGAAAAAAAAUAGCCGGUUCGAAAUUAUUUUUGUUGCAAGAUUUAUGGCGUUUGUUAUUU